UGUAAAGGGAUUGUGGCUUCACAUUGUAGGCGAAUAUACCUGAGAUGUAUUCUACAUUUCUGUUAUUUACAAGCUUUUUAAUAUGUCAAAUUAGUUCUGAACCUAUACAGAAGACUAUCCUAGAUUAUUUCAACAGUGAAUCUGUUCGCAAAUUUAGGAAUGAUUGGGAAAUAUACAGGAAGCCUUUGGAACAUGCGGUAACAAGUGCUUUACUUGAAAACGUAGGCAACCCUGGAAUGAAUGUCUAUAUCAGAAGACAAAAUGAAGAUUUAGCCUUAGGACUUUACCACGAUGACAAUCAAGUCCAACUAGUAUUAUUAAACAUACUUCUCCAACAGCUACCUAGCUUAUAUCUGCCCGAAGUACAAUUCUCUCUAGCUUCCAAUGUGCUCAAAAUUUACGCGGCCCUCAGUAAGAUUAUCAUACACGCUGACUAUGCGAUAGCGAGGAACAAGAGUGAUAUUAUACAUGAGCCAAUUUACCAGAAUCCAUAUGAGGCAUCGCCUUUUCGAUUCCAACAAGUUUCCGAUAUCGGGAAAAUCACCCUCAUAUUGGAUAGCUGCGUAUUAAAUGGAUUUCUAAUUACAUCACUAUCUGGAGAAUCUGUUAAUUUGGGAUACGACCAUCUAAGAUUAUUGCAUUGCCAGCACACUAUUGAGCUAUACCAACCCGGCGACGAUUCUCCGCCAGUCAUCACGAGGUAUAAUCCCUAUAGACUUGACGACGGUUUGAAACUGACCGAUUUACUGAUGAGGCCAAUAAGUGAGGAGCUGGUGCCCAAGGUCCAGGCGGCCAUGUUUACUUUCAUCAACACUUCCUCGAUCUUCCAAAAAGACCUCAAAGACUUAAGAGAAAAUCAAGAAGUAGUGUUUCAGGCAACAUGGUUGUAUGUAACAGAAAUAGUCAGAAACUUAAAUAGAAUUACCAUUGAGAGGAACGGUGGAGCGAUUGACAUUAAGGAUAAAACUUUUUAUUGGGAAGACGUAAGGGAAACGUCUGUUAACAAAUCGGAAACUUUAACAAUACUUGAAGUGGUACUGACAGGCCUGGACACUUUGUACUGCGCGCACUCCGGUGGCCCUUACAGGAUGAAAUCUGCCAUGAUAGGAGAACAGAUUCGUUUCAGCACUCUACAGGUACGGGGUCACAUAGAUAUAGGAAAAGACCGAUUCGCCUUCGUAAUUGAGUUAAAGGACUUGGCUGUUGAUGUACAACUCGAAGUGAAGCCGGGUCAAGUGCAAGUGGACGGAGAGCCGUAUAAGAUAUUAGAAAUCGUUGGCUAUAGACGUAUGUUGUUCACUGCACCUUCAUUAAUGUAUCCGACGGUAGAGGCUCUGGUCAGCGGAUACUUCUUAAAAGAACUGCCGAAGCUCAUAAUGUCACACUUGAAGUCGAUAUUCGCUGAAGCAUUAGGAAGCGCUCACAAUUCUUUAAAUGGGAAUAAGGCUGACGCCUGCAAGGAGCAACGAGAUAAAACCUGUGGCGGUACCUAUUCCUACGAUUGUACUAACCCUCAUACAAACAAAAUGUGUAAAACAACGUGUACGUCCACCGACUGUGUUUGCAAACCAGGAUUUGUUUCCUCUGAAGGAAAAUGUAUUGAAGAUUCUAAAAUAAAUACAUUUGAUGAAAGGGCCAGGCUGCGACACCUUCGACAGAAAAUGAGCAAAAAACAUGAACGCAUCAAUAAAAUAAGAAAGUAAAACAUUGAAGAGAGGAGAUCACUUACUGUUCAUCUUACCGAGGGCAAUUAAGUAACCAAAUAACAAUUUACUAUCAUAAUCCGAUUUUUUAAAUAUGUAGCUAUUGUUGUUAAUUUGAAAGUGGAAAAUAAAGCAUACUUACAGAAAGCAUAGAGGUUCUACCUACAUUGUUGUACUGAAAUAUGUUGAACUAAUUUUCAAUUUCUAUAUGACCAAGAAGAAGGAUAUAAAAUUCCUACUGCAUUUAAUUUUUUUGUAAAUUAUAAAAGAAAAUAUCCAAAAGGUAUAAAUGGCCACUAGGUUAUCACGUCCAAUUCAAUUCAAUUCAAUUCAAUGUAUUUAUUUGUGAGCAUAGGUAUACAGAAAGGUCUUAAAAUUAAACAUGUCAGAGCUCUAUGUUCUACCAAAUGGAAUUGGUGUACAAAUAAUUUUAAUCCUAUUGAGUUUAAACAUUAUAAAAUCAUAGUGUUUCUAUUUUAUCAUUUAGAAAUAUUUCAACUGAGUAAUAUGCCUUAUCUAUUAGAAAUAUACUUAAUCUACGUUUAAAAAUACUAAUAUUCUGUUCAGUUCUU